CCGUUAAACGCGCGUUGGACGUCCCGACGUUGUCAGAUAUCGCGAUAACUGCCUCCCUAAUCACUACGUAAUGUGCCGUGCUGCUUCUAGCGGCGCUGGUGACAGUGCUGAAAGCUGUUGGGUAUGAAGUGAAACGGAACUGAAUUUUUGUACCAUCCGCAACUGCUUCAAGUUCAGAUCACCACAAGGAAACCGAAGACAAACCUUCCCGAAACAAGCAAAAGUUGCAACACUGAAUACGCGUAGAAAAACCAACGGAUCACUUCAAGGGGUUUUAAAAACACACAAAGCAACCAAGUCCUGAAACGACCAAAGAAGACUCCCGUCGGCCCAAUUGAAACAUACAAGAGAAGCAAUCCUGCGCCCACGCAUAUUCUGAGAAGACUUAACUGAUCUGAAACCAGAAGUUUGUGCCUACUCAACAGCUUUGAAAAAGCACACGUCCCAACGCUGCUCCUAGCCCCCCUCAUCCUCACCACACCACCGACUCACCACCGGGGUGUGGAGUGGGCUGCUAUAUGCUAGUUUUAUUUCCCUCCCCAUAGUUUCCUCGCCAUCUUUCCCCUUUUCUCUACUCCUGUUUUUUGUUGUUCUUCUUUUGUAAGCGGUGUUAUUGCACCUGCUGUUGCCUUCUUUUGUGUUUUAGGCGCUAGAUAUCACCACCCCCCCCCCCCCCCCCCUUUUGCUUUAUGCAACCAUCUAGACCUUGUGCCAGAAACCUGUAACAAGUGCGUGUGUUUGCGUGUGUAUGUGUGUUACACUGUCUGACGAGAUCUGCAGGAACUGCCUAGACAUCGAGACCCAGAGAAUUUCAAGAUUCGGACAGACAACAAAGACAACAAAUAAAGACAUCCAGCGGUGUGUCAUUGGGUGGUUACAUUAAAACAAAAAACAGAAAUAGCGCUUCACAAGCAAAAACAAACAAAUAUUUGCACAAGAGAUCACGUGCUUGAGCAAGUUUGGUCAGAGUUUAUGGGAAAAUAUGGGCAGCCCCUGGAAAGGCUUUGUUGAGUUUACCUUGCCUGCGUCGCCACCCACCGCGUUCGUUAGCGCUGACCUGAGCAGCACCUCCCCCGUCGGACUCAGCCUGUCGCCAUAUGGCCGAUCCAUGAGUUUUGACCCAGGCAUGCUCCAUAACAAUGGGCACACUGCGUACGCUAAUGGCACGGGGCCUGGCAUCCGAGAGACUGGUUUGGUGGAGAAGCUACUGACGUCGUACGGGUUCAUUCAGUGCUCGGAGCGUCAGGCUCGGCUCUUUUUCCACUGCUCUCAGUACAAUGGCAACCUGCAAGAGCUUAAAAUAGGAGAUGAUGUAGAGUUUGAGGUAUCCUCUGACAGGCGCACUGGCAAGCCCAUAGCAGUGAAGCUGCUAAAGAUAAAGCCAGAGGUGCUGCCAGAGGAGCGCAUCUCGGGCCAGGUGGGGCCAGACCUGCACGCCUAUCCCUUUACUGUGCUGCAUGGUUAUAUUCAUCCAGUUGUCUCGUCAAUCCCUGUCCACUUGGACGGAAAGUCUGCGCCCGGUCAGGCGCCCACUGGCAGCGUUUGUUACGAAAGAAACGGGGAGGUUUUCUACCUUACCUACACGCCCGAUGACGUGGAGGGGAAUAUCCACCUGGACACAGGCGACAAAGUCAGCUUCUACAUGGACACCAACAAGCAGCAUUUCAGUACUGGUGCAGUGAGCGCUCGUAAUAUUCAACUUGUGAAGAAAAAGCAAAUGAGGUGCCAGGGUGUGGUGUGUGCUACAAAGGAGGCCUUUGGGUUCAUUGAGCGUGCCGAUGUGGUGAAGGAGAUCUUCUUCCACUAUAGCGAGUUCAAAGGUGAUCUUGAGGCUCUGCAGGCUGGUGACGACGUCGAGUUCACCAUCAAGGACAGAAAUGGAAAAGAGGUGGCCACCGAGGUGAGGCUGCUCCCCCAGGGGACAGUAAUCUUCGAGGACAUCAGCAUUGAGCAGUUUGAGGGAACAGUCGUGAAGGUCAUUCCCAAGGUCCCCACCAAAAACCAGAAUGAUCCCCUACCAGGCCGGAUCAGUUCCCGAAUCGGUUUCAACGACAAGGAGCUGCCGUUCGGCGAGAAGGACACAAAGUCCAAAGUGACCCUCCUGGAGGGCGACCACAUUCAGUUCAACAUCUCCACCGACCGCAGGGACAAGCUGGAGAGGGCCACCAACAUCGACGUCCUCCCCGACACUUUCGACUUCACCAAGGAGACCCGUGAAAUGGGCGUGAUCGCUGCUAUACGAGACGGCUUUGGCUUUAUCAAGUGCGUGGAUCGGGACGCCAGGAUGUUCUUCCACUUCAGUGAAGUCCUGGAGGAAAGCCAGCUGCACAUCUCAGAUGAAGUGGAGUUCACUGUUGUGCCCGUAGGUCCUGUUUAUAAGCUUUUCACAAAAGACAUGCUGUCUGCUCAGAGGAACCACGCGGUGCGCAUCAAGAAGCUGCCCAAGGGCUCGGUGUCCUUCAAUACGCAGUCUGAGCAGCGCUUCAUGGGUGUGGUGGAGAAGGAAGUUGUGGCAACCAACGCCAAGAACGCGAGUCCCACCAAGGCCAAGGAAAAGAAAAAAGACAAGGCCAAGGUUGUAGAUAAGGAGUCCGAGGAAGGAGUGAUUGCAUAUGAAGACUGCGGAGUGAAGCUCACGGUGCCGUACCAUAACAAGGACAUAGAGGGGGGAGGAUACCCACAGGCUGGAGACAAGGUGGAGUUCUCCAUCAACGAGGUGAAGCGCACUGGCCUGCAGAGCGCCGUGUCCGUCAGGGUCCUCAACCGCAAUGCCUCAAACGGCAAGCGACUGCUCGGAUUUGUCGCCACGCUCAAGGACAACUUUGGCUUCAUUGAGACUGCAAAUCACGACCAGGAGAUUUUCUUCCACUACAGUGAAAUGUGUGGCGACUUGGAGAAUUUGGAGCUGGGCGACACGGUGGAGUACACACUCUCUAAGGGAAAAGGAAACAAAGUCAGUGCUGAGAAGGUUACCAAAGUGGCUGCAGUGAAUGGCAUUAGCGAGGAAGUUGAAGCAACGGUGAUGAUUGGAAAGGUCAUCCGUCCCUUGCGUAGUGUGGACCCCUCCCAGACGGAAUACCAAGGGCUCAUUGAAAUAACAGAGGAGGGUGCAACGAAAGGCCCCAACUACCCCUUUGGAAUCAUGGGCAUGUCGAACAAGGCCGAUUGUCUGCAGAAAGGAGAACUGGUGAAGUUUCACGUUUGCACCAUAGCCCAAACUGGACAGAAGAUGGCCUCCAACGUGGUCCCUCAGCGCAGAGCGAUGGUGGAGUGUGUCAAAGACCAGUUUGGCUUCAUCACAUAUGAAGUUGGUGAGAGCAAGAAGCUGUUCUUCCAUGUAAAAGAGGUGCAAGACGGCCUAGAGCUCCAGACCGGGGAUGAGGUGGAGUUCUCAGUCGUCCUCAAUCAACGCACAGGGAAAUGUAGUGCCUGCAACGUACGCAGAGUCAGUGAGGGGCCGAAACCAGUGGCAACCCCGCGCCCGGAUCGACUGGUGAACCGGCUGAAGAGCAUCACCCUCGACGACGCCAGCGCUCCUCGCCUGGUGAUCGUGAGACAGCCCCGUGGUCCUGACAAUUCAAAGGGCUUUAAUGUGGAGCGCAAGACUCGCCAGCCCGGCGUCAUUGACUGAGCAAUACACAGCCCCGUCCUGCUUGCCAUCAGUGGGACGGUGUUCCAACGUGUGACCGCAGGGGGAUAGGGGACAUUUUGAUUUGACACAUGCUUGCGUGCACACACUCGCACACACACUGUAAUUGGCUAUCGGCAUGUGUAAUCUUUGUCCCCUACGAUACCUGCGAGGGAACUUUUUCUCAUUCCAGUUCCCUGUCUCCCAUGUACGAUGUACUUGAUAUGGAGUUCUACACUGCAAUGUCCACAGUCUCCGGGUGUGUGUGAUGUAUUCUAGAAGAUAUUAUAGUUUGUACCGCAGGUAUUUGUUUUUGAGGGUCUCGUCCUUCUAAAUCAGAGUGAUGACUGUGUGGCUGUCUACGUCCCGAUAAUUUUGAAUCUGCUUUUUUUUCUUUUUUCUUCUGGAAUUCUGCACCUGUUGUCUGUCCUGUAGUUUGCCUGGUGCUGUCUUUGAGCGUCUUGGCCAUUUCUUUUCUUUUUUUCCGCUCAUAUUUUUGCUCCUUUACCCAUGGAAACAAAUGGUUUCAUUGUCACGUUUCCACUAUUGUAUGCUUUUCUACAAGACACAUAAAGCAAAAGUUCCCUCCAUAAGGAGGAUCAUAUUUCUCAUGUGCGAGCUUAAACUGAAGAUUCUUCUCUGCUCGUUUUUUUGAGCAGUUUUUAAAUACUUUAUUGAAGAGCUGAAGUGAAAGCAUGGUGUGCGUGUGAUGUUGGUGUGUACGAAUGUCAAUGUAGUUAAUGUAAUGGGAUUUACUUUUACUAAUUUGGAGCCUUUAAAUACCUUUUCGGUAUUCACUUUCUCCACAGCAAUCUUUCCCAGGUGCAGAAUUCCAUGUGGCAUCUUAUAUCUGCAAUUCUUUUAUACAUUUUUUUUCAUGCACAUAUUUUUGCUUUUUUCCAUCUGCUAGUAUUGAAUUAAGUAAGAAUAAGGUGCCUAAAAAAAUACAAGCAAAAUAAAAUGGAAAAAAAAAGAAUAAACAAAAUGAGUAUCUUCUGUUCCCAGCCAACCACCAAAACAUUAUGAACAAUCUUACGGUGGCUUUCUUUUCUAGUAAGAAAUAAUACUGAUAUGCAUCCCAAACCUAUGGGUUGAACUAUACUGUAUGUAAUGUGUGCUUUUUUUUUUUUUUUUUGCUUAAUGAAAUUUAUUUGACUUCAAAUAUAACAAAACAAAUUUAACUUAAAGAAUGAGGAAGGUAAAAUAUUAGAAAUUCAGUUCAUUAAAGAAGCGUUAAGAAUCAGGAUAAGUUAUUUAGCGCUGGUGAAAUGGUGGGUGAGCUCGUUGGGCUCUGCACAUUGCGUUGCGGUCAAAAAAAUAAUUUCAAUUUUGGCGAUCAGUGUUUCAGUUAAACCACUAACAGAGGUUCUCAUGUACUUUUGUUAAUGGUCUUGAAUGAAACGAUUGAAUUAAAGUUUUAUGAAAAUCA